AUGGGAAAGAAAUCAAGAAAAAAGACAAAGACCACGUCUUCAAUUCGAGAAUUAAAAGAAGAAUUACAGAAAUUCAGUAACAAUGUUGAUAACUUGGAGGACCAAGUUGACCAGCUCAUAGCUCGUAAAACAAUAACGACCAAUAAUAUCACAGCUCAUGAUAUUGAGGAAUCUGAUGACGAUGAUUCUGCUCCAAAAGGGUCAAAAUUAGUAUUCAUAUGGUUGAACGUUGGUUGUACUGUUGGUUCUUUUAUCUAUUUAUGGACCUCUUUCAAUAUUUUCUAUUCCUUGACCUUUUUCGGUUGUUAUGUUGCUUUAAACGAAACUGAAGAGAAAUGGAAAGAAUCGAACUUCAUAAAAUCCAUGUUAAGCCGUCUAAAUUCAUUAAUAAGUAAUGAAAACUUGAUAUGUCUUGUCAAUGGUUUGUUAGUACAGAUUUUAAUUUUCUUGUCAAUUUUUAAAUUGGCAAUUGUGCAAUAA